GGAAAAAAAAAAAAACUUAGACAAGAAAAAGAAAAUCAUUAACAGCAAAGCAAGUUGUAGUAAAAUUGGGGCAAAAUAGAUUCUUCACAUUUUGUGAGGGCUUUGACAGAUGAGUCACUGUUUAUCGUGACCGUCUUCUCAGAUUCAAAUUCCAAAAACGUUACAGCUUUUUUCUUCAAUUAGGUUUUAGGGUUUCCAUUUUGAAGAUUUAGAAGCUCAAUUGCACUUUAUUUGGGAAUUUCAACCUUUGUUGUUUGUUUCGAAUUGCUUAGCUACUGUAGAUCCGUGGCGGGAUUCUGUUAGCUUCGAAAUUUGUGUCAGAAAAUCUCAGGUACUAGGGGUUUCCUCAAGCAAAGGCGGCUUGCUACAGAAUCCAGUAUUCGUGGUUAAAUCAUUUCGUCUUUUAGCUAAGUGUGGAGGCGAACAUAUCAAAAGUUGGAAAUGAUGGAGUGCAACAAAGAUGAGGCAGUUCGGGCCAAAGAAAUAGCGGAGAGGAAAUUUUCUGAAAGGGAAUAUAUCGGUUCAAAGAAGUUUGCUCUCAAGGCUCAAAAUUUGUAUCCUGAUUUGGAGGAUAUUUCCCAGUUUUUGACUACUAUUGAUAUUUAUAUAUCUGCCGAGAACAAAGUAAGUGGAGAAAUGGAUUGGUAUGGUAUACUUGGAGUAAGCCCCUUUGCUGAUGAAGAGGCUGUUAGAAAGCAAUACAGGAAGCUGGCUCUCACCCUUCACCCUGACAAAAACAAGUCUUUAGGUGCAGAGGGUGCAUUUAAGCUGGUUUCAGAGGCUUGGAGUUUGUUAUCAGAUAAGACCAAAAGACUAGAAUAUAACCAGAAGAGGAGUUUGAAAAACUUCCAACAUACUACUCCCAACCGUGCUGGGCAUCCAUCCAAUGUACCCACUUCAAAUGGUUAUUAUCAUUUUAAGAAGAAUGCGACUUCAAACGUGAGGACUGGGAAUAAUAAAUCUCGGGCUCCUACGGCUUCUGUCCCUCCUCUACAAAAAAAGGCUGAAACCUUUUGGACUCUCUGUAAUAAGUGCCGGACACAUUAUGAAUAUCUCAGAGUUUAUUUGAAUCACACCCUUUUAUGUCCCAACUGUAAUGAAGCUUUUGUGGCUGUAGAGAGGGGUCCUCCUCCCAAUGUUUUUAAGCCAUCAAAUUUGCCCUCCCAUCAACAGCACCAGAAUUCUCGACGCCAUGCUGGAAGUAAUAAUUCAAACAUUCAGUGGGGUUCCCACUCCAGAAUGGCUGGUUUUGGUAGCACAGAUGGAUCCUCAUCUGUUGCCGCUCAAGCUGCAAGUGUUGUGCAGAAAGCAAGUGAGAAAGUAAAGAGGGAAGGAGCACCAUCAAUUGCUGAAUGGGAGAGGAUUCAAAUGUCUAAGAGGGCUGAUGGCUCUAUGAAGAAAAGGAAGACAGAUGAUGGUCGCAUGAAUGGUUUUCCAGGAUAUAUGCAAAAUCAUAUGGCUAUGGGACAUGGAGCAGCAGGUUUGGGCAGUUUCUCUGACCCAGGAAAGACUAACUUGGAGAAAGAAAGGACUUACGGUUUUUCAGGUCUUGCUGGCAAGCAGCAUUACAGCAUGCGAGAGUUGUCAAUGUUUGAAUUACGAAACAUGUUGGUGGAUAAGGCACGAAAUGAAAUUCGCAAGGAACUUGAAGAAUUGAGGUUAAAGGCUGAAGCUAAGAUUACUAACAAGAACAAAGAGGGUAAGAGACAAAAAAGCACAUUUAAUGUCAAAACAACUGGUUCAGAGAAGUAUGGAGAGUCCAAUGUUAAUGGCAAUAAGCAUUUGGAUGUUGAUUCUUUACCUGUCACAUCUGAUGACGCGGAUAAGAAGAGCCAAGCCUAUGUUACUAUCAAUGUUCCGGAUCCUGAUUUUCACAAUUUUGACUUGGAUAGAGCUGAAGGUUCCUUUGCAGAGGACCAGGUCUGGGCUGCUUAUGAUGAUGACGAUGGAAUGCCUAGAUAUUAUGCUAGAAUCCACAAGGUGAUCUCCCUAAAGCCAUUUAGAAUGCGGAUCAGUUGGCUUAACUCUCGAAGCAACAGUGAAUUGGGCCCAAUAGAUUGGGUAGGUUCUGGUUUUUAUAAAACUUGUGGGGAUUUCAGGACUGGCAAGCAUGAAGUAACCGAAUCAUUAAAUUCAUUUUCACACAAGGUUAGAUGGACAAAAGGCACCAGAGGAGUUGUCCGCAUCUUUCCUGGUAAGGGGGAAGUUUGGGCACUUUAUAGAAACUGGUCUCCUGAUUGGAAUGAACAUACUCCGGAUGAUGUGAUACACAAGUAUGACAUGGUGGAAGUGCUUGAUGAUUUCAGUGAAGAGCAAGGUAUAUUAGUUACUCCCCUUGUUAAGUCUACUGGCUUUAGGACAGUAUUCCAAAGGCACAACGACCAUAAUGAGGUUAGGAGGAUUCCUAAAGAAGAGAUGUUUCGAUUCUCUCAUCAGGUUCCUAAUCACUUGCUCAGUGGCCUAGAGGCUCACAAUGCUCCAAUAGGUUGUCGAGAGUUGGAUCCAGCAGCUACUCCUUUAGACCUCCUUCAGAUAGCAACCGAAGCUAAUGAGGCAGCAGGUAAUGUUUAGAAGCCCGAAGAAGACGCAUAACCUACAGUUCAGUUCUACUGAAGAACACAUUUUGAAUAUAGGAGAGAGGAUGCUUCAAAACCUCGUAGAGCAGAAAUGUUCAAACGAGGUUGGUAAACAAAAAAGUGGGAUCGUAGAUGACAAUGCACAACAUGGUGUGACUGUUUAUGCAAUAGAAUUUGGAAAUUAAAAUUUGAUAAAAUACACCCUUUUUACUCCUCUUUUGUAAGUCUGACCCAGAUGAUCCUUAGCGUCUUUUGGUUUUUAUUGUAUAAUUUUCAGACAUGUUAUUCCUAGACUUUAUAUGGAUGUCCAUACUCAUGGAGAACACAGUUAUCAUUCAUCAAUCUUCAAGCAAGAUGAUUAUAUUGUUGUUUUGGGAUUUUAUUCCAUCCGCGCCGCCGCCUGGUGUUUUGCUUUUCUAGUUUA